UCCACGGUUAUUUAAAAUCAGAACUUUCAGAAUCUUUUUUUGCCAUGACUCUGAAUUUAACCCAUAGAAACAUAGCUCUCUGUUUUGUCUUAAUCAUCUCCGUUAUCUUAUUCUGUUUCCCUCGCCGGCUCUCCGCCAGAAACCUCCCAAAUGAAUAUACAACAAAAGCAACUCAAACAAUAAAAGUCAGCAACUCCACGCGGCAUGAUUUCUCACGUCUUGUAGACGUCCAACUAGGCAGCCACGUCAGCGGCGUAUCCGAGCUCAAAAGAUACCUCCACCGUUUCGGUUACGUCAAAGACAACGGUAGUGAUAGCUCUAAGAGCUUCUCCGACGUGUUCGAUGGCCGCCUCGAAUCAGCAAUCUCUCUGUACCAAAAGAAUCUCGGUUUACCGAUAACCGGGAGACUCGACACGAGUACCGUCACCCUCAUGUCGUCACCGCGAUGUGGCGUUAGCGAUACACACAUGAUCAACAACGGCAUGCACGUGACGGCGCGUUACACGUACUUCGGCGGUAAGCCGAAGUGGAGCCGCGACACGCUAACCUACGCCUUCUCGGAAACACACAAACUCGAUUACCCGAUAUCCGACGACGUCAAAACAGUUUUCCGACGAGCGUUCGGCCGGUGGGCGAGCGUGAUUCCGGUGAGUUUCAAGGAGGUCGAUGAUUACACGACGGCGAAUUUAAAGAUCGGGUUUUUCGCCGGGGAUCACGGUGACGGGCAGCCGUUUGACGGAGUCCUCGGGACUUUAGCACACGCUUUUGCGCCGAAGAACGGACGGGUCCACUUCGACGCGGCGGAGACGUGGGUCGUCAACGACGACUUCGGAUCAAAGGUUGCAGUUGACUUGGAGUCGGUGGCGACUCACGAGAUUGGUCACUUGCUGGGGUUAGGACACAGCUCGCGUGAGUCAGCGGUUAUGUACCCGACUCUCCGGCCAAGGACCAAGAAGGUUGACCUUACGGUUGAUGACGUGGCAGGUGUACUCAGGCUAUAUGGGCCGAAUCCGAAGUUGCGGUUGGAUUCACUGGCGGAGCUGAAAGAUUCUCUUGGAAACUGCGGCGUAUCAGAGAGAUUCUUGUCGGGGAAUGUUACCGGUUAUUAUGCUCUGCUGGUUGUUUUGAUUCUGUUCCUAUAGGUUUAUAGAAAGAAAAAAAUAAUGACUAGUGAGGAAAGUGAUAUUUUGGUUAUUUUCCAUUGCCAUUGUGGCGGCUUUCUCUAAUGGACUAUUAUUCUUUGAUUUAUUAAAUACUUUUUGUUAUAAAUUAAGCAUUGAAAUGAUCAUCCACUUCUUUACCAAACUCAAGCACUAUGAUCAUCCACUCCU